AUGUCAGAGGAUAAAGUUGGCAAGGAUAACUUAACAGUUAAAUCAUACUUUUGUAAUGUGUGUUCAAAAAGCUAUGCUUACAAACACACAUUUCAACGACAUUAUUAUUCUAUUCAUGGAAAUAAUGAUGGAUUUAAAUGUAUACAGUGCAAUAAGUGUUUUAAACGCAAUGAUGUGAUGAAGAAGCAUAUGAAGAACUGCAUCAAAAAGAUGAAAGCAACAGAAACUACGGAAACAACUCCAACUCAGAACCUCCCACAAUUACCAGAGAAUAAGCAACCAUCCUCUCCAUCAUCAACACCAUUACAAUUGAGUGAAAACUUGAGGCAUGCAUCUUCUUCCCAAAACCCCACUGAAUUUGAAGAAGUACCUUUAACAAGAGAGCAAAGUUUAAAGGAAUCUGAUGAGUCCGAGACAAAAUCAUCAAACUUAAUUGAUGAAGGUAUGGAUCAUUCUAGAGGUGUAAACUGUAGACUUUGUGGGUUACAUUUUGGAGAUAGACGCUCAUUAAUUCAUCACAGAGUUACUUCACAUCUCACUGGAAAGGGUGAUAAAAUUUGGUUAAAUGAUAAUGCGCCAUGGAUAAAGGAUAAUGGGGACAUAGACUUACAACUUAAAGAAACCUAUGAAAUGAAUAUUCUACUUAUUAAAGAGUCGCAGGAUAAAAAAGUUUUAUCAGCAUAUUAUAAUUUUCCAAUUUCAAAUGAUUUUACUAUAGAGGAACUUAUGGUGUUUGUGAAUAAGAUUUAUAAUUUACAAACAGAAACAUUUCGUUUAAAUCUUGUAUUUGGAUAUAUACUUUGGAAUGUUGAGACAAAAAAAUAUCGAUAUUUUAAACCUUACAACAAUACAGAAAUUUUUAACUUUCCUUUUUGCAUUUCAAAGAGAAGAGAUUUAGAAAAAUUUGAAGAAAAACUUAAGGAAAUAGAUAUUUGUAGUUAUGUUAUGAAAGAUCGUCCAAGUACGAAAUGGAAAUUUUUUGCUGUAACAAAUGUAAAAUUUUUCUUAUAUUAUUCAGGAUUCAUGUUAGGUGCUCCUGUAAAUUUGCCAAAUUACAUAACAAAACAAAACAAUGGUAUAAUUAGUUUUGAAAAGGAUAUAAAACAUAGCAAAACAUACCAGGAUAAUUUAUGUCUGUUUAGAUGUUUAGCUUUUCACGACACAAAUUCAUUUGCUAAUGCAUUUGAAACAAGAGUUAAACACAAAUUUGCUGUUUGGUGUGAAUAUAUGUACAAGAAAAAAUGUAUAGAUGUAAAAAAUAUUGAUAUAAAAGAUUUUCAGGGUGUAUCUUUAAAUGAAAUAUCAAAUGUUGAAGAAUGUUUUAAUGUUAAUAUCGAUGUUUUUGAAAUUGAUGAAAAGGAAAUAACCAAAGUUGUAUAUAAAUCACCAGCAUUAUUUAAUAGUCAUAUGUAUUUGAAUAUUUUUGAAAACCAUUUAUCAUAUAUUACCAAUCUGAAUCGAUAUGCCAAAAAAUAUAUGUGUUCAUUGUGUAAAAAACAUUUUAAAACAUGCAAAAAGUUACAUCGACAUGAAAAAAACUGUUCUAUAAAAACUAUACAUGUUUUUCCAGGUCGUUUUUACGAAAAAAAGAAAACUAUAUUUGAUGAAUUGCGAGAAAUAGAUAUUAUAGUACAAACGAGUGAUGAAUAUUUUCCUUGGUUUAUUGUUUUUGAUUUUGAGGCGAUUUUAAAAAAAGUGAACGAAAGUAGUGUAACUUCGAAGUUACAAAUAGAAAGAAUUCAUCAACCAAUAUCAGUAAGUAUUUGUAGCAACGUUCCUGAUUUUGAAAACGAACGUUUUAUUUUAAAUGAAACUACAGAGGAAUUAUUACAAGAAAUGGUUCUUUAUAUGGAAAAAAUCAAUACAAAAGUAUAUGAAUUGGCUAAAGAAAAGUGGUGUGAUGUUUUCAAAAAACUUAAUAGUCUGGUUGAAUAUUGGAAACCUAAUGAUCACCAAGAUCUAAAGCAAAGUAGCGAUUUACAAACAGAUGCAAUGGAUACUUUGGAGUGCGAACCUCCUUCAAAACUUUUUUUAAAGAAAUUGGAGAAAAAAAACAUUUAUCAGGAAUUUCAAAAAAAUCUUCUAAAAGAUACCUGGACAAUUAAUUAUAAUGAACAUUCUUCUGACUCUGAAUGUUUAAGUGAAAUUGAUUGUGAGAAUGAAUCAGAAAGUGAUUGUGAAAUAGAAACGAAUGAAACUAAUAGGGUAAAAAUAAUAAUGCAUAAUCAUGUAAAGCGAGUUUUAUCAAAUUUUACAAACUAUUGUUUACAAGUCCCAGUAUUAGGGUUCAACUCAAGCAAAUAUGAUUUAAAUCUUGUGAAGAAUAAACUUGCUAAAAUAUUAGGUAUGCAUGAUCAGAAUCAAACGUUUGUCAUAAAACGUAAUAAUUCGUAUACAUGUAUUGCUACUCCAAAAUUUAGAUUUUUAGACAUGAAUCAGUAUCUUGCUGCUGGAACGUCAUACUCUAAAUUUCUGAAAGCAUACGGAGUAGAAGAAGAAAAGGGUUUUUUCCCGUAUGAAUGGUUUGACUCAACUGAUAAAUUAGAUGAUACAAAACUCCCUCCAAUGGGGGAUGAUUGGUUUUCAUCUCUUAAACAAAAAAGUGUUUUAGAUGACGGAAAGCAAUCACCCCUUGAAAAUAAUAAAUUUUUAGAGUCAAUAUGGAAAUAUCAUGACAUGAAAACAUUUCGAGAUUUUUUACAAUGGUACAAUAAUUUAGAUGUUAAACCAUUUGUCAAGGGGGUUCUAAAUUAUUGUAAGAUGUACUGGGAAAAAAACAUUGAUGUCUUUAAGGUUGCAUUUUCAAUUCCAGGCUUAGCAAGACUUAAUCUCUUCAAUGCUUCCGAGAAAAAACACGCUGUAUUCCCGCUUUUCGAUUUUUCUACCAAAGACAUAUACCGAACAAUUCAAGAUAAUAUAGUUGGAGGACCAUCUAUCAUAUUUACUAGAUAUCAUGAAAGUGGUAAAACCUUUUUACGUGGAAAUUUUGAAAAACCAUGUAAACGCAUAGUAGGUUACGAUGCAAAUGCACUUUAUUUGCAUUGUAUAGGACAAAAUAUGCCUGUAGGAUAUUUUAUAAUUCGACGAGAAUGUGAUGGGUUUAAAGCUGAAAAAAUGAGUAAAUAUUGGAAUAUGUUUAUUUGGAUGGAUUGGGUUAGUGGAUCUAAAAAUUGUAAAAUCCUUCAUAAAUUGAAUAAUAACCACGAAAAACGUGUUGGACCCUUUCCCGUUGAUGGAUAUGAUCCGAUUACAAAAACAAUUUACCAAUAUAAUGGGUGCUAUUUUCAUGGACAUUCUUGUCAUUUAAAUCAACGCAUGAAUAGUAACGAACGAGAGAAACGAUUUAAUAAAACCAAAGAUUGUGAAAUGUACCUCACAAAGCAGGGAUAUAAAGUGCAAUCAAUUUGGGAAUGCGAAUUUUUUCAAUUAUUAAGAAAAAACAAAACUUUACAAGCUGUUGCUGAUCAAAACUGUCCGUCAUUUUAUAAAAAAUACAAAAAUAAAGUUACAAUGAAACAGAUAUUAAAAGCAAUACAAAUAGAUGAACUUUUUGGAAUGGUUGAGUGUGAUAUACAUGUUCCUUUAGAAUGGAUGAAAAUAAAACCAAAUACAACACUUUCCCCUUUUGAUUAUUUUAAAGAAAUGUCUCCUAUUUUUUGUACAAGCGAGGUACCCUUUUCUGCCAUUGGUGAUCAUAUGCAAUCAUACGCAAAAGAAAUGGGACUUUCUGAAAAUUCAAAAACAUUAUUAAUAAGUGGUAAUAAGGCUACCAAAAUCAUGUUGGCUACACCUCUUUUAAAGUGGUACUUAGAGCAUGGAUUAAUUGUAACUAGAAUUUAUACUGUUGUCGAGUCAGCAUCAAUGGAUUGUUUUUCCGAAUUUACAAAAAAUAUAUCAGAAACAAGAAGAAGGGGUGAUUGUGAUAAAUCUCUAACUGUUAUUUCCGACACCGCUAAGGUAGAGGGUAAUUCAGCUUAUGGCAGUCUUUUAUUGAACAAAGAUAAAUUUGUAAACAUUAAAUUUAUUGAAGGGGUAGAAAAUGCAUCAAAGAAAGUGAAUGACCGAUUAUUUGUUAAAUUAACAGAACUAGAUAGUGAAAGUAACUAUUAUGAAAUUCAAAUGGCUAAAAAGAAAAUUGUGCACAAUAUGCCGAUCCAACUUGGAUUUUUUGUUUUACAAUAUGCAAAACUCCGCAUGUUACAAUUUUAUUACGACUUUUUGGAUCAGUAUAUUGAUAGAUCAGACUUUGAAUAUAUGGAGAUGGAUACGGAUAGUGCAUAUUUCGCAAUUUCAGGUGAUAGUUUGGAUGAUAUUAUUAAACCAGAGUUUCGCGAUAAAUAUUUACAAAGUGGUUUUUUUAACUGUACUGAUAAUGUUGUAUACAAUGAUUCAAACUUUUGGUUACCUAGAAAGUGUUGUGAUCCACAUUCAAUUUAUGAUAAAAAAACCCCUGGGCUAUUUAAACUAGAGUUUGAAGGGGAUGUGAUGGUUGGGUUAUGUUCAAAAACAUAUGCUAUUAAAAACUCAAAUGAAAACAAAGAAAAAUUCUCCUCAAAAGGAAUAGCAAAACAAAGUGUAAAAAAUGCUGUGGAAACAUACAAAAGAGUAUUAGAUACAAAACAAAGCGAAUCUGGUUUAAAUCGAGGUUUCCUUUUACGUGAAAACAACAUUUUUUCUUACAAUCAAAUGCGAACUGGAAUAACGUAUUUUUAUUGCAAAAGAAAAGUGUUAGAUGAUGGCAUUCAUACUGAUGCUCUAGAUAUUACCCUAACUCCGUGUAAAAAACUAAAACUUGAUAAUUAACUUGCAUAUAAUUUUUGACAUAUCGAUUUAUAUUUAUGAAUUAGAAAUAAACCCACUUUGUUAUUUAUUAUGCAUAUUUUAUAGUGCAUGUAUUACCUAUGUUUGAAACUGUAGAAUAUUUUGUUUAAUGUUUUAUUUUAUUUUUAAUGCUUUAAUUAACUAAGACGAAACAUAUGUACACAUGUUUAUUUAUGUUUUAUUACU